CCCUGGUAUCUGAUUAAGAAGAUGUAUAAAGGGGAUGUUUCUGCAGCUGGAGAAGCAACUGCUCUGUGCAUGAUCAUGAAUUCGUCUACAAGUUUAAAAAUGCGCCUGCCGGCGCUUGUUCUGGUGUUUGAGGUUGUUAUGCUCAUUCUUUUUGCUCUUUUUGUCACUUAUGAUGACAAUGCCAAUGCAAGGCUGCAGAACAAUGAGACUAACCCAAUGGAGAAUUCUUUGUAUCGAGACUAUCCCUACUUUGCUGAUGUACAAGUGAUGAUCUUUGUAGGCUUCGGCUGUCUGCUCGCCUUCUUCAGAUUUUACGGCUUCAGUGGAAUGGUCUUCAAUUUUCUUACAGCUACAUUUGCGAUCCAGUGGGCAAUCGUGAUACAAGGUUUUUUCCAGUUUUACUAUGAUGGUAAAAUUCACCUGGGAGUAAUCAACCUGCUGAAUGCAGAGUUUGCCUGUGCUGUUGUGCUCAUCUCUUUCGGAGCAGUGAUUGGGAAAACAAGUCCUGUUCAGCUGCUGGUUAUGGCUCUGCUGGAAAUCCCUAUAUUUUCUGUGACAGAGUGGGCUGUAUUGAAGUACAUAAGGAUCACUGAUUCAGGUGGCUCUAUACUUAUUCACCUGUUUGCCUGCUACUUUGGUCUAGGUGUGACAUUUGUGCUGUACCGCCCGAGCCUGAAAAAGGGACAUUCAAAUGAGAUCACCAGCUAUCAAUCCGACAUCCUCUCUGUGAUGGGGACCUUGUUCCUCUGGGUGUUCUGGCCUUCAUUUAACUCUGCUCUGACCCUCAAGGGUGACGAUCAACACAGAGCAGUACUCCACACUUUUAUAGGUCUGAGCUCAUCCACUAUCACUGCCUUUGCUCUCUCUGCAGUGUUCAACAAGAAAGGCAAGCUCACAAUGGCGGACAUUCAGAAUGUGACUCUGGCAGGGGGUGUGACUGUUGGGGCUUCUGUGGAUAUGAUGAUUUCCCCUGUAGCCGCUUAUGCCCUGGGCAUCAUGGGCUGCACCGCCUGUUACUUUGGAUACAGGUACCUGACCCCCUUUUUGGCUCAACGCCUGAGGAUCCAAGACCAGUGUGGUAUUCACAACCUGCACGGACUCACUGGCCUCAUUUCAUCCACAGCAGGGAUCUGUGCCAUCCUCCUCGCUACAGAGGAAACCUACGGGCCCAGCAUGUAUCAGAUCUUCACCCAUCGUGCGCCUCCGGUUGGAGACCCAAAGCUCCUUGAGCUGCAGAAGCUGAUUCCUGGGCUGAAGCCGGGCUUGGGUCGUACUGCGCAGGAACAAGCCCUCUACCAGGUGGCAGCUAUUUUUGCCACCAUCGCAGCAUCUGCUGUCGGUGGGCUGCUCACUGGUAUGGUCUUAAAGCUGCGCUUCAUGGCUUCCCCAUCCGACAAGGACUGCUUUGAUGAUGAGCUCUUUUUUGACGUGCCGUCUGACUUUGACAGAGGACACCAGGCCCUCAUAAGCUAUGAUGAAAAGUUAAAAAUGAGCUCUAUGGACACCAAAGUCGCCUCAAAGAACCUGUCAGAAUAAAUCAUUGCAUUUUAAAAUGUUUGUCACUAUGUGAAAAUGUAGAAAAUUACACUUGUUUGGAAUUGAACUUGGCUGUUUACUGUUGUAGGGAAAAUUUGAGUUUUUUCAUGAAAUUGCAAAGGGCAAGUAAAAGUUUAAGAUAUAACAGUUAUUACCUGGGGAGAUAUGUACGGUAAUGUAAUUUGUUUUGUAUAUUUCCUUUCAAAUAAACGGUUUUAGGGAAGUCAACAAUGUUUUUUUGUAAUACUUUUUUUUUUAAACAUUGUAGCAUGAGUAAAUAUCUGCCUCAUUUAAUUUAUUUGUAUCUGAUCUUAAAUGUAUAACUAAGGGUAGCUCACUGCUUACUGCUGCAUCGCUUUGCUCUUUAGUAUGACAAGCAAGUUAGCAGUGACAUAACACCAAAAAUACUGUAUAUCAUAAAUAAGUGAUCAUAAAGAGGAGUGUUUGAAAGAUAGUAAACACAUUGAAAAGUAUAAAACAUGACAUUUGAUAAUGCAACAUUUUAAUGUAACAUCUGAAAUCGCCUUUUAAUUUUUAGACCCAGUUGAGAAGUCCAUAAACUGUGUACCAUGACUACAAGUAUAGUUAGAGAAUAAUCCUUUAAGGGUUCAUUUGCAAAAACAGAUGUCUUCCUUUUUAUCUGUUUUCCUUAUUGUUUGUGUGUAAGCUCUAUCGGUUAGAUAAGAUAUCUGUCUUUGUUUCAUAUCACAUUUAUUAUAUUUUUAUUGUGCAGUCAAAGGAGUAUCAACAAAACGUAUGUUGUUUUGUGAAUUCAAUUGAAUCUCCUUCUUAAUCGAGAAUUUACUCAGCAUUCAACCGUUGGGAUUGAAUUCAUUACCUCCCAUGAGAUAUCUACUCAUCAUCAGUACAGUAACAGCACAUAUAUAGAACGAAUGAGCUAAGAUAUAAAAGCAUUAAUUAACAGGUUUUAUCUGGAGGUUUACCUGAAUAUAUGCUACUGUAAAAAGGAAACAUUCGAUUCAUUAACAAGCCAGCAAGAGUAAGAAUAGGUUAUUGACAGUAUUUUACCGUCUCCAAUACUUUUUUUUUUAUUGCUCAGUUCCUUUUAAAAGAUAUAUCACAACCCCCAACUAUCUCUAAUACUAAAAUAGUUACAUGACCAACUCAUGAACUCCUGAUAAUGACAGGUCUCAAGCCAACCUUUCUGGUGAUAAAGCGAAGCUGAUAAACUAUUCUGUAUUUCCUUUAUCAGAAAGGUUAUUGAUUUACUCUGUAAGCAAUUAAGUCUUUUAUUUACUACUUAGUGUAUCUAAAGAUUAGUGAGACACUUUAGCUUCUUAUUGGACCUUACUAAUGUGUUUCAGUUUAUAAAAACGUCAUUAUGUCCAUAAAAAGAUCAUGUCGUUAGUUACAAAGCUUGAAGAAUUUUCUCUAUUAGCACUAUAUGUUGUGUUAACUGAUCUAAUAUUCCUUAUCUAAUCAUGGUCAUUGGGAAAGCAAAGUUCUAACAAAUUUCUACGUAAAAUGCAUUCUAUUUAACGUUUGUAACUCCAAGAGUGCUGAUAUACUUUGAAGCUGACUUCAUCAUAAUGUUUAUGUGAAAGUUAUUUUAAUGGAAAAUGUAUGUAUACUAGUGAUAAGUAAUAAUUGGGCGUACUAAAUGAGCACAUACAUCACUUUUAACUGUAACUGUAAAAUCAUAUCAUCCUUUCACCUUAUUAGUAGAAACAGUUGAAAGAUUUAGGUCUUUGUACUUUAAGACUUUUCAUAAAAUGUCAUUGUUUGUCUUUUUUCUCUAUAAGAAUUAAAUUGUGAUUGUAUUAUGUGUGUUGCAUGACUGAUCUAAAUCCCUGAUUAUCGUUAUGAUUCUGAAUUAUAUUGUGCAGUGAUUUAGAAAUGUCACACUUUUUCAAAUAGUAGUGAUUAAAAGAAGUAGACGAGGAAAGUA